GUAACUCCCCACAGAAGACAGAACCUCCCACUUAACACAGCGGUGACAACCCCGAGGGGAAAACUACAGCACGAGUAUUGUGGCUGCAGGCCAAGACUCUGGACCUUUCCUCGACAAAGCUUGAAUAUGGGGUGCCUAAUUCUAGUUCAUCUUCUCUUUCUUUCUUCGCUGGUUCUUACUGGUGCUAGUCAAGACCCUAUCGAACUCCUAAAUCUCUGUGAGACAACCGAAGAGAUCCUACAAGCAUCAUCUCAACCUGACCUUCUCGUAGCUGUUUCGGUUAGCCCUGCGGACAUCAAUGGGGUCUCCAGGAGCAUUUUAUCUGCCGAAAGGUGGCUCAGGUCUCACGUUUUUGCACAUUACCCAGCGACGAAAAUCACCACCGUUGUUGUGGGGAACUCUGUUCUCUGCCAAAGAGACCAAAAACAAGAUUUCGGUUUGAUUCUGCUUUCUCUGAAGAAUGUCUAUCACUCCCUUAGGAGGUGGGGCUUGGAGAAGGAAAUCAAAGUUUCUGUCCCUUUAUAUCUAGAAUGUUUGCAUCCAAACUCUGCUUCUUACAAAGACGAUUUGAGAAUGCUCAAGCCUCUGAUAGACUAUCUUCGUAGUGUCAAUUCCUCCCUUUCUGUAAUUCCGCAUUCGGAUUUCUCUCAAAUUUCGGAUAAAAGCCUGAGCUUGGUGUCAUCUCACUUAGAGUCCAUGAAAAAGUUUGGAUUUCUCCAUCUGAACAACAUCAAUGUUAUCGCCACAAUCCCUAAAGAGAGAAAACCCAUCAUGAGAAAGCUUUCGUUCUUGGAUACCAACCUCAUGGGUGCCUUCCCUGCCAGGCCAACCCCAUUACCGGAAAUUGCAGAACCCCCAUUACAUUCCACCUUUGGUCACCCUGUUCCUUCACAUGCAGCCACAAAGCCUAUGCCUCCACUUGCUCAAACAACUUCUCCUCCCAUGCCUUCUUUUGCACCAGAACUGCCACCAUUCUCUGUUCCAGCUAGUUCUCCUAACGGUUUCACUCUGCCUCCUUGUAACCCAGCUGAUAAUGGCUCCCCUGAACCAGCAAUAGGGAUGGUUCAGAAGCUGUGGUGUGUGGCGAAGCCUAGUGUUCCAGCGGAAACACUGCAAGAGGCUAUGGACUAUGCUUGUGGGGCUGGUGGUGCUGACUGUCAGGAGAUCAGUCCUCAAGGCAAUUGCUAUAACCCUGACAUUGUGGUUGCUCACGCUUCUUAUGCUUUCAACAGCUAUUGGCAGAAGCACAAGAGAAAUGGCGGAACAUGCGACUUUGGAGGAACCGCCAUGUUGAUAAGUUCUGAUCCAAGUUUCCUACAGUGUCGGUUUGUUCUAAGCUAGGAUGAGUAAUGCUUGUGAAACUAGGCAGGUGCUAGUGACUUUAUUUUGCUUCCAUUAGGAGUCUGAUGUCAGGUCGUUGCCGAUGAAUUUAUUUUGCUGCUAGUGAUUGUUGUAUUUAUGUUAUGAUUAUGAUUAUAACUAUACUGUAUUAAGUAGUCACGCAGAGAAUUCAUGUUGCUCUUGACCUAGUUUAAGGCUAAUUUUAAUUCCCUCCAUAAUAUUUAUGAGUA